AUGGCGGCUUCCGCUCGGCAGCGUUUGGCCCUGGCCGUCUGCUGUUUGGGGCUUUUCGCCGCGUCGGCGUCCGGCGGCGGCGGCGGCGGCGGCGACGUGAUCGCCCUCGGGGACGCCGACUUUGACUACCUGGCCACCGAGCACGACACCAUGCUCGUCAAAUUCUACGCGCCAUGGUGUGGGCAUUGCAAGAAGUUAGCCCCCGAGUUUGAGAAGGCAGCCGGCAAACUGAAAGGAAGUGUGCAGUUGGCAAAGGUGGAUUGUACGGCUCAGGCGGAAACGUGCGGUCGCUUCGGCGUUUCGGGGUAUCCCACGUUGAAGAUUUUCAGGAACGGGAGGGACUGGGCCUCCUACGACGGUCCUCGUUCUGCCGAGGGGAUCUUCGAGUACAUGAGCAAGCAGACGGGUCCGGAUUCGCUGAGGCUGCUGAGCGACGACGACCUGCGAACCUUCGUCCGCCACUACGACGCUUCCGUCGUCGGCGUGUUUUCAGGUGAGGACAGUUCCGGUCUGGCCAACUUCCUGAAGGCGGCGGAACUUCUGAGGGAUCAGUUUCGCUUCGCUCACACCACGCGUCCGGAGCUCGCCGAACCCUACGGACUGCGAUCGGAAGGCGUCCUGCUCUUCCGUCCUCCGAGAUUGGCCAACCCCUUCGAAGAAGGCGUCGUCGUCCUCCGAGAUUUCGGCAGCGUCCCGUCUCUGAGACGCUUCAUCCGAGACAACGUAUACGGCCUUUGUCCUCACAUGACUUUGGAGAAUAAAGAUCGUCUGCGAGCGGGCGACCUCCUGACGGCGUUUUACCACGUGGAUUACCGGCACAACGUCCCGGGCUCCAACUACUGGAGGAACAGGGUGAUGAAGGUGGCGUCCGGCUACGCGGGGCGCGGGCUGAGCUUCUCCGUCGCCAACCUGGAGGACUUUCGGGCCGAGCUGGAGGCCGAGUUCGGCGUGGGGACGGCGGACGGCGGGGACCUUCCCGUGGUCACCAUCCGUACCAAAGCGGGUCACAAGUUCGCCAUGCGGGAGGAGUUCACGAGGGACGGCGCCUCCCUGGGGAGAUUUCUGGAGCAGUAUUUUGCGCGUCGCCUCAAGCGUUACGUCAAGUCCGAGCCGGUGCCGGACGGGAACGCCGGCGCGGUUCAGGUGGUGGUGGCGGAGUCCUUCAAUGCGGUGGUCAACCAGCCCACCAAAGAUGUCCUGGUUCUCUUCUAUUCGCCGUCCUGUCCUCGCUGCAAGAAGCUGGAACCCGUUUAUGCCGAGCUGGCUGAGACGCUAUCUGCGGACGCUGACGUGGUGGUGGCCAAAAUGAACGCCGUGGAUAACGACGUGCCGCAGGGCUACGACGUUCGAGGCUACCCGACCGUCUACUUGGCUCCCGCCGGCACGAAGGACCGGCCCGUUCUCUACCAGGGCGGCCGAGAGCUCCGAGACUUCCUGGGCUUCCUGCGGCAGUGGCGGCGGGCCGGCCCGAGCGGCGUCAAGCAGGAACUCUGA